GUGGUUACGUUGUUAUUCGAUUUAGAUCGGAUAAUCCCGGAAUGUGGUUUCUACAUUGUCAUAUUGACCUGCACAAUACAAAUGGUAUGGGAAUGGUCAUUGAUGAAGGGGAGUCAAAAGCAAGCCCUCCUGAAGGAUUUCCAACAUGCAGAAGUUUUCUAUAUAAUGGGAAGUCUCCAGGUGUCAACAGUGCAACGAAACACAGCGGAUUUCCGAUUAUAGUGACUUUUGUGCUUUGUCUGAUCAUAAAGAUAGCUAAUUAGAUUUUGUUUUUUUUUUGUUGAUAUUAUUAUCGCAACCAUGAAUAUAGUUCCAAGACAUUUGUUUUCUAACAUAUUCUAAAUUUAGUUUUAGAUUGAUAUGACAUGCAAACCAAGAGGUUUUCUUGUCUCGGGCAAUAUCUGAGUAACAUUUUCACAGCAUAAAACUCAUCGCCAGUGUAAAAGACAAAUAUUUUCGUUUGAUUUACGUAGAAAUUGUAAGAUUUAUAGAAAGAAAGAAAAAUUGUCUAUUACACAAAAGGCCAUUAUUGUCAGAUUUACGUUGACAGCUUCACUAAAUUGCUAUUUAAUUAUGAUUAAUUGUUAUCAUUAUAGAUUAUUUCUUUGCUAAACAUAUCAUAAUCUGCACGUUUUUUAAAGAAGAUGAAUACACAAAAUGCCUUAUUUGCCUUUGUAUCUCAUAUAUUUAGUUGUAUCUUAUAUAUGUUCACCUCACCCCUGUGAUUGUUCUCACUAUUAUCCUGCUCUGCAAAACAAAUUGUAAUAUUGUAAUGUUGCUAUUAUAGAAAAGGUUAUAGUUAAGAAAAUUUUAAAAACUACAUUUAUAUUUAACCGAAUGUAUUGUCAGUUAAUGGGUUAUAUUAAGUAGAAAAAUUCUGUUUUUAAAUACUUUAAAAGUCUUUGAUAUUGACAAAAAAGUGAAAGUAAAAUAUCUAAGUACAUUGAUAGAACUAAUAUAAACAUUUAUAUGCCACUAGCCUAUUGGUAAAACACAUAUAUAAUUACAUGCUUUUAUCGUUGUUUUCUUCUGAUUUGUAUUUUCUUUUCAAAUAAAUAAACUAUUAUAUCUUUGAACAAA